AUGAGGACGCCGCUUAACAAGGAGGCACCAUGUGUGGACUUCCUGCGAAAGCAGUCCGAAACACUUGGCAUGCCCCUGCGUGUCUUCUACCCUGUGAACAAAGAUAAUCCCAUUGUGGUAUCGUCAUUGUCUGGCACGGACCCAAACCUACCAGCCAUAUUACUGAACUCCCAUAUGGAUGUGGUGCCUGUGUUCCCUGAAAGUUGGAAACAUGCACCAUUCGGUGCCGAAAUGGACGAGGAGGGAAGGAUUUUUGCCCGCGGUGCUCAAGAUAUGAAAUGUGUUGGCAUGCAGUAUUUGGGGGCGUUGCGUAAGCUCAAGGAGCGUGGAGUGAAAUUCAUGCGUACGAUUCAUGUGUCGUUUGUGGCGGAUGAGGAAAUGGGCGGCGGUCUGGGUAUGCGUGAGUUUGUCAACACCAGCGAGUUUAAGUCGCUGAAUAUUGGCUUUUCCCUGGAUGAGGGCUUGGCAUCGCCCAGCGAAGAUUCUCUUUCAAUACCAAAAAUAAUUGGAUUUAUAAUGGUUGGCGCCCAACAUCAAGAUCCACUUAAUGUAAAUGGACUUAUCUAA